UUAAAAAAUAAAUAAAAAAAUUAUUAAUAUUCUCCCAAGAUAGGUUUGUUAGAGAGACAUGUGGCUAAGAUGAUUUUUUUAAUUUAAAAAGAGAUUAUUAAUAUUUAAAAGAUUGUUUAUUUAAAAGAUUGUUUAAUUUUUUGGGUUUAAUUAUUGGGUUUAUUUUUUAACGGGAGAUCAAACCUAAUCGUUAAAUUUAACAGAAUAUUCUUUUAUUUUUAAGUAUAUUCUGUUAAACCAAGAAAUGCCGUUAGAUAGGCACUUUUAAUAUAUAAAGAUAUGGGAAAUUUGAAUUUGUAUGCUUAAUAAGUAAUAAAAUUGGAAACCUAAUAGAAUAGUAGAUAUAAUUUGUAAAGUGGGAUACAUUUUAGUAAAACCCAAUUUUACCCCCCUCAUUUGAAAAAUCACUCUCUCUCUCUCUUCGUCCCCUCUCUCUCUCUUCGUCCCCCCUAUUCUCUCAAACCAAAACAACUUCGCCCAAACGCACCGAACCCUCCCCACGAUGAGCAGACCCGAACCCUCUCCACCGCGUACGACCGAAGCCCCAGCCCCCUCUCCACCGCGCAGGACCGAUUCUCCAGCCCCCCUCCACGGCGUACGAAGGUCCAGCCACCCUCCACCGCGUACGACCCAAACGGAAAUGGCCAAGUCUUCCAAAGUUCCACGACUUUUACUGCCAGUGUCUGAACAUUACACUGGUCGUGUUACUUGGCGGGGCGGUAGUUACUAUUACCCCAAAGUAAAAGCCAAGUUUGUACAAAUGCAGUUGUUGGAAAGUGUGAAGGAGGAAUCCCCUUUCAACAAUUUUUUUGAGAGAGAGCCAUUAGCGUUUUCAGGUGCUCUUAUGCAUCAACUCUUCAUGCAUAAGAUAAAAUUAGAUAAAGAGGAUGAGGUGCAUUUUUAUAUUGCAAAGAAGAGAUGCCGAUUCGGCCGAACUGAGUUUGCCUUGGUGACUGGGCUUAAUUUGUUACGUGGACCGACUGAGGCUGAGGUUUCGGAGAGGGCGACGUCAGACCGGUUGAUAGUAGAAUAUUUUAAUGGGGAUCCAUCUAUCAGCAUUGGUCGUCUGCGCAGCGUCUUUGAGAGCUGCACUGAGAAGGAUGAUUGUUACAAGUUGGGUUUGGUGCUGUUCGUGAUGGGUGUUCUGACUGGGAAAGAAGAGAAGACCCUGGUUCCCCCAUUUAUCAUUAGAAUGGUUGAGGACCUCCCUUUUUUCUACAAUUACCCGUGGGGGAAAAUUUCUUUCAACUUGUUGAAAGAUACUUGGAGUAAGGACUUCGUACAAAAGAAAAAGCAUAUGGAUGAGAAGAUUGAGAAGGGAACGACUCAGAAGGAGUCAAAGUAUUCGGCCUAUGGAUAUGCUGUAGCAUUGCAGUAUUGGGCUUAUGAGUCCAUCCUCGAGCUUGCUGAGAAAUUUGCAAUCAGAAGAUCGCAUCGCUUUCCCCGAAUGGUGAACUGGGAGAGUAAGGAUGCCCCACUCGGGAAAGAGGAAGUCAUCAGAUUAUUUGCAAAAAAAUUGACAGUGUACUCCGUUUUAUGUCCGCGGAGUAAUGAGGCCGAGUUUUUGAGCCACGUCACUGGAGGUGAGGCGCCUCUAUUUGUGGAUAUGGAGGAAUUGGUUAUUGGCGAUGAUGGCCAGCCUACUCAGGAUAGUUUGCGCAGCCAAGCUUCAAAGCUUGCACUCACGCUAGAACAAGCCGAGCGGAGGAAGCCGGAAUCUUCGUAG